UAAGCCCUACAUUGGUCCAAUAGGGAAAACUGGGUUUCCAUUCACUUUGCAAACAAAUCUCUCUCUCUCUCUCACUCACACGCAGCAGCAGCCAAAGAAUUUUUUUUACAGAGCAUUGCUCUGAAAGCUCCACCUCCACGGUUGCACCCUGCCACUCUCUUUCUCUGUUACCAUCUCUCCCUUUCUUUCCUCCUCUAUCUUUCUUUCUUCUUUGAACUGCUAUGGACAAGAAUGAUUUUUUUUUCCAUCUCAACCAAAAUUCUUUAUAGCCUAUAAUUCUAAGGUUGGAACCCUAGGAAACCGAAUUGUUUUUGGAGGGUUUAUUUCUGAAUGUCAGAAAUCAAGGCAGUGGUUGGCCUAUCAUGGGAGCCAAGGUUGCCCAACUUGUCAUCUGCAAAGGGGUUUGCUUGUCAUGCUACAACAAAUCAUCAAAAUCAGCCUGAAAGCAGUGUACUUUGGAAACCCAGUUCGGAGCUUGUUGAUGGGCUCUUUGUUCCACCAAAUGACCCGAAGAAGUUAAACAGAAUACUCAGAAAAAAAAUCAAAGAUACUGCUGGGAAUAAUUGGUUUGACAUGCCGGCACCAACCAUCACCCCAGAGCUACAAAAGGAUCUUCAAUUGCUUAAGUUGAGGAAUGUGAUGGAUCCGAAAAGGCAUUACAAGAAGGGGGAAUCGAAGUCAAACAAGUAUUUUCAGGCAAGAACAAUCAUAGAGUCGCCAUUAGAUUUCUUUAAUGGUAGAUUAACAAAGAAAGAGAGGAAGACAUCUCUUGCAGAUGAGCUGCUUUCUGAUCGCACUCUUGGAGCUUACAGAAAGCGCAAGGUUCGAGAAAUAGAAGAAAAAAAUCAACCUGGUGGGAAUCAAAAAUGGAAGAUAAAGGGAAAACACCCAAAGAGCCGAGCAAAACAAAGGAGACACUGAAUUUUUCCCUUUACAAUCUGAUUUGUAUGUUCAACUUACCUCCCUGUGCCUGAUCACCUGCAACUGCAAUCAUAUCAUCAUUGAAGAGGCAACCAAACUGUGUCUAUGCUUUCAGGUUUAGAUUUCAGAUUGCCAAACAUCCAACGUUUGUGGAUGUGAGUUAAAUUUUAUUCGACUAAAACAGUAGUCUUAUAAUGUUUAUGAGUGAAUUAGUUGAUAGUAUUUUAACGUAGCUUUCUCUCUAUACUCUAUUGUUCCUUUCAAGUAAGGGUAUGAUACAAUUACUAUUCAUUAUGUGCCAAUGCAAACUUCUGUUUUGACUCCAA